AUGGGAUCAAGUUGUAAGUCGAAACCAAUGCGUAAUCAUAUUCAUUACAAUACUUAUUUGUGUGCAUCUACACAACUAGAGAAGCCGAUAGUGUAACAGUAAUAUUCGGAGGAUGAGAUAGUGUAGGAUUCCGUUUCUUCGUGUGAUUACGAAAAAGAGAGAAGUGACACUAAAUCCUUCGUUCUACGUUCUCCGGAUGUUUCUUUGAAUUCACCCACUUAAAACAAUUCUGUUGUAAUAUCGAAAUUGCACAUCACAUCAGAUGACUUUGUGAAACUUCGAAACCACAACUAUUUGGAUUAUUAUUCAAAUGAAAGGUUGUUGGGAGUAGGCAGUUAUGGUAAAGUGUAUUUGGUGAGGAACAAAUUGACAAGUAGAGUUGAGUUUAAAAUGUUAGAUUAAUUGAGAGCAAUGAAAUAAGUGAAGAGGAAACAGAGUGUGGCAUCCAGGAAGUGUUUGAGAGAGAUGGAGAUAUUGGAGAAACUGGACCAUCCCUUUAUAGUGAAGGCUUUGGAAGUGUUUCAAGACGAUCAAAAUUACAAUAUGAUUAUUGAAUUCAUAUCAGGAAUGGAUUUGUAAGAGGAUAUAUCCAAUGGGAAAUUUACAGAAGAGAAGGCAUCCAAAAUUAUGAAUCAGUUAUUAUUAGCUAUUAGUUACAUACACCAUUAGGGAGUGGUACAUAGAGACAUCAAACCAGAAAAUAUCUUGUAUCAAUACAACAAUGGAAAUGACUGGAUUAAAUUGAUAGACUUCGGAAUAUCAGCCAAAAUAAGAAAAAAUAAAAAGUUAAGUUCUUAAUUGGGAUCGAUGUACUUUAUGGCUCCAGAGAUAUUUCAGAAGGAUUACGGCAAGUAAAUAGACAUUUGGGCAUGUGGAGUGACUCUCUUUUACAUGGUUCAGAAACGCUAUCCUUUUAUGGGCAAAACGGAUCAAGAAAUGAAGAGUGCCAUAAUGAGUGGUCACUACACUUUGGACCAAGGCAUCAGUCCGGAGUUGAAAAGUCUCUUGGGCAAAAUGUUAUAAGUGAAUCCCAACAAACGAAUUACAGCUGAGUAAGCCUUGCAUGAAGAUUGGUUUGCCAAAUAUAAUUAAGGCUUUCAAUUAAAUUAAUCAGUAAUUCAAAAAUUACUGAAUUACAACAGCACCUCCCUCUUUGAAGAACUCAUUUUUUCUCUGAUUACUUACUAUGGUUAAAAUUCAGAUGACUCAGGAUAAGCCCUCUAAACAUUUCUAUGUUUGGAUAGGGAUUAGGAUGGGUAGAUCUCCAAAUAAGAACUAAAACAAACUAUUAAAAGUUACAACCUGAAUAUAGAAAAUCAAUCUAAACUUAUCGACAAUCUAUACUCCAGUCUUAACAAAUAAUAGGAUGAUACAUUAACUUAUAAAGAAUUUUUGGCUGCUUCAGUGGCAAGUGACAAAAUCCAGACUAGAAAAUGCUAGAAAUUGUGUUUUUAAUUGAUUGAUGCAGAUUAGGAUGGCAAAUUUUCAGAAUCUGAUUUUUGUCAUCUUAUGGGAAGAAAAUAAGCAAAUUUGUGGCAUUUGUUGAAUCAAACAGAUAAAACCUACAUCACAGAGGAAGAAUUUUAUGGCAUGUUCAAAUAAUGA